CUAUAUCUUCGAUGUUCUGCAGCCGCGAAGCGACCGCCGAAAUCAGACGUCAAAGACCACUCACUCACAAGAAGUGGAGGAAGAGCAACAACGGAUGAUCCGAUGUGCGGUUCGGUGCAGUAACAACAUCUUCGCUCUGUUUUUUUUUGUUGUUGUUGUUAGUUUUUAUCAUAAGUGCUGUGCAUUGAUCGACAACAAAAAAAAAACACAUAUUUGCGAACGCAUCCGCACGCAACACAGAAACAAUUGCUGAAGAGAACGACAACAAUUAGUGCAACAGAUAAAUGUUCAAAAUGUGGACGUCGAAGAACGAAAAAAACAACAAGCAAAACAGAAAGAUGGAAGCUCGUCGGAGGAAAACUGGCGUGUAUAGGAUGGAGUCGACGGAUCAGAUCGUCUUCGAGAACAACCGAUUUCUGAGCACUCUAGUUAUUGGAAAAAGGAAAAUAUCCGAUGAGGUGUUUCCGCCUGGAAGCCACGGCAUUUUCCGACAAAAAUCGAUUGGUUCGUGCGAGAGCCAUCUAUCGCUAAGUGGUUACGCAAGAGCCGCCAGACAGUCAAUCGGUAAUAUAGGAAACAUUCUGUCUCGCAAAAUGGCUGCUUCAACAUCACAGAGUUUGCAGCCGUGGGGAAAUACCAAGGAUGAUUACGAGUUGGGAAAGAUUAUCGGCGUCGGUGCAACAGCUGUUGUGCACGAAGCGUUCUGUAAAUCCAGGAACGAGAAAUGCGCCAUAAAGAAGAUAAACCUGGAGAAAUGGAACACGUCGAUGGACGAGCUGCUGAAGGAGAUCCAGGCGAUGUCCAGCUGCAACCACGAGAAUGUGGUCACGUAUUACACGAGCUUCGUCGUCAGAGAAGAAUUAUGGCUGGUGCUCAGAUUAUUGGAAGGAGGAAGUCUCUUGGAUAUUAUCAAGCAUAAAAUCAGGGCUUCUAAUUGCAAGCACGGAGUGUUUGACGAAGCCACCAUUGCCACCGUAUUGAGGGAAGUUUUAAAGGGUUUAGAGUACUUUCACAAUAACGGACAGAUCCACAGAGAUAUUAAAGCUGGAAACAUUUUAUUGGGAGAAGAUGGGACGGUGCAGAUUGCAGACUUCGGAGUGUCCUCGUGGUUGGCGACGGGGCGAGAUUUGUCACGACAAAAGGUUCGACACACUUUCGUCGGCACACCAUGCUGGAUGGCACCUGAAGUUAUGGAACAAGACCAUGGAUAUGACUUUAAAGCUGACAUCUGGUCGUUCGGUAUAACGGCUAUUGAGAUGGCAACGAGUACUGCCCCAUACCAUAAAUAUCCGCCAAUGAAAGUACUCAUGUUGACAUUGCAAAAUGAUCCACCAAAUUUGGAUACUGGAGCAGAAGAGAAGGACCAAUACAAGGCAUAUGGCAAAACAUUCAGAAAAAUGAUUACUGAUUGCUUGCAAAAGGAGCCUUCGAAACGCCCAACGGCUUCGGAGUUACUCAAACAUCCAUUCUUUAAAAAGGCCAAGGAUAAAAAGUACUUGCAAACCACCCUCGUUGCAAUUGGUCCAAGUUUAGAAAUUAGGGUACAAAAGGCGAGCAAGAGGCAACCGGGAGCCAGCGGCAGGCUGCACAGGAAAGAAACCGGUGAAUGGGUUUGGUCCAGCGAAGAUGAGGAUGGCGGAAGCGGUGGUAGCGGAAGUGACAGUGAUAUACCGGAUUCGAGGCCGAUGAAUACUCUUGCAGCAUCCCAAGGAUCAGACUCUGAGCACGACGAGAGUAGCGAAAGCGAAUCGCCCCCGGUUAACCUUGUCCUUCGAAUGAGGAACGCGAAACGUGAAUUGAAUGACAUAAGAUUCGAGUUUGCCGUCGGCAAAGAUUCGUCAGAGGGUAUUGCAAGUGAAUUGGUUGGUGCAGGUUUGGUGGAUAGCAGAGAUAUUCACGCAAUAACUACGAAUCUUCAGAAACUGAUAGAUACGAGGGAAGCGAGCAAAGUCGUCACUUUCCCACUGAUGUCUGGUUGCAGUACAAAUGAACAGCCGGAUGACAAGGCUCUGAUCGGUUUUGCCCAAAUCUCAAUAACAGACUGAAUAAUAUAUCUAACCAUAUCUUAUGCCUUAAACGUGUAUGUUAGUUAUAUAAUGCAAUUCGCUUACGCGAACUACAGAGGAAAUGCCGAACAUGUUACAUGCAUACACAAAUACUGGAAGGGAAUUGUUUGUUUAGAUUUAUUUAGCAGAAUAUAAUGCACUCCGUACUUAAAUCAUGUAAAAAAAAAAGAAAAAUCAUCCUUAGGUCAUUAGUAUUUCUUUAUAUAUAUUUUUUUCUUUUUUUUGUUAGUAUCUAUAAGGGGUUAUAAGUAAUUGUGAUUCUGACUAUGCGUAAACCGAUUGACAAUAAUCUAUUAUAUAUGUAUGGUUCAUUUAUCCAAUGACUAUCGGUAAUGUUAUACUAUAAACUAAAUGAUACGUCACGCGGUAAGAAGGAAAAGAAGAAAGCAACUACUGAAUUGUUUUAAAAUUUAUAUGUAUUUUGAUGGACCCCUUUGAUGAUUUAUUUUAAAUUUUAUCGAUUCCAGACAUAUAAUUGUUCUUUUUUUAAUUUAGUCAUAGUCAAUUAAGAGAUAAUAAUGGACUGUAGAUUCGACCAUAUUGCCUUUACAGUAGAACUGACAUUAAAAUAUAACUACUUUGAUAUAUGUAAAUGAGAAAUUGUUAAAAUUAAUUUAGGUCAACGAAUUGUAUUUGUUUAUUACUGUAAUAUUAAUUAAACAUGAUGCGAGAUGACCUCAAUAUAGUAGGAAUAACUAACAUAACAAUAAGAGGAAAACGAAUUGGACGGUGUUGACUUCUACGCUUGGUUUAUUAGUUUAGUGUCUGCUACAUAAUUUUGCUUAUCUUUUGUCAUGUUGGUUGUUCAAACAAAAAGAGAUUCGAAACAAUAAUUACUGAUAGGAGAAUCCGAAUCGGUCGUAUUUAUUAUAUUAUAUAUGAAUUUGCGCUUUAGUGUACAGACAAAAUGAAGUACUCGUCGACAUAGCAUAAUGGUUAACAUUUAAAUCCGGGAUCGAAUCGAUCGUGGAAAUGUCUCCCACUAUCUGCGUUUUACCCACUUUAGCUUCAUUUUGGCCUAUAACUAAAUCUGUCUUAAUUAGUGAUAUUUGUAUAAUCCACUUGCAAUAGUGAUUUUCAUGCUGGCAAACCACGCCAAUUGAUCCUAUAUUUAUAAUUUAAUUGAAAUUAUAUAAUUGGUCUGUAUAUACAAUAUUUAUUUAUUUCCAUGGUACUGU